AUGUGCAUGAUCGAAGCAGCUAUUGGCGAGCCGCCGUUCGCGUUCUUAGACGAUGCUAGUGUCCGUGAGAAUCUAAUAAGUGGGGAGAUCCAGGAAAAGCCAGAUGAGAUUAAUGCUGAUGUAUGGGAGCUAGUGGUGUCAAUGACUACUUUCGACCCAUCAAAACGGGUUCCGCUGAAGCACGUACUGGAGAAGUUGGAAGUGCUUGCUCAAGACGAGCAUGACGUUCAGAACGAUUCAACGACAGUCUUACCUACCGCUGUGAAGUUGCUCUGUAUGCUGGCAGAAGACAACGAUGGGAUCCAGCAAGCUAUCGUGGAUAGUGGAGUUAUCGUCAAGCAGCUUUCGUCGGAGUCAAGCCAAGAACGAUCAAAUGCCUUGGUGGUUUUAUGCGGACUUGCAAAGCAUAAUGAAGCUGUGGGCCAAGCGAUUGCAAACACCGGUGCUUUUACGAAGUUUGUGCAACAGCUAUCGUCUCCAACAAACGUGAACAACUCGGAGGCAGUGUCAAUUUUGACAAAGCUCACAAAAAGCAGUCCGACUAUCCAGCAAAUGGUUGCGAACUGCGGCGUCAACACUCAAGUCAUACAAUGGAUUCAGAACGACGAAAGCGAUCUGAUCUUCGAAUGGUCUGGACUGUUGUCUCACCUCGCUGAAAAUAAUGAACCCGCCACUCAACGAAUGACCGGAAGUGGGCGCAUUGAAAGCGUUGCGUCAACUCGCAAGGAACAACGACUCUUUUUGUUUUGCGAUGGUGGCCAACAGUGCGAUUGGUCGGCUAUUGCGCGUGUACCAAGUGUGGGGAUCUACGAUGCUGUGGACUUGCUGCGCGAGAUUGGACGAAACAACCACAUUUACCAUCGCAGUAUCGAAAAUGAUACCACCGCUAUGCACUUUGUUCUGUGUCUAGUAGAAGCUACCGAUAGCGAGAUGGCCAACGGAUUGGAGAUAUUGUGCUGCCUCUGUCAACAGAAUGAAAAUGCGAAGUCUGUUCUCGCCUUAUCGGGUGUAAUUCUUCAUCUCGUGUCGCUGCUGAAGUCUACCACCAAAUCAACCAUAAGGCAAAAUGCAACGAAGUUGUUGGGUGUACUUGGCGACGAGUAUAAAGCGGCAAUAGUGAGCGGGGGUGGUAUUGACCACCUUGUAAACAUCGUUUGGACUGGAAACGAUGAUGAGCAGUCAGAUGCAGUGUGUACGUUGUCGAGUCUGGCACAUGACAGUGAUAUGGUCAAGCAAGCUAUCGCUAGCAGCAAGACCGUCUCGGAUCUCAUCGUCCUUCUUAGAACUGAAGCCACUUCGCUCCGACUUAGACCCCUUCGAGCAUUACAAAUACUGCUGGAAGACAACAUUGACGUCCAGAAAAAGGUCGCGGAUAGUGGAGUGAACAGGUACCUCACCGAGAUGUUGCAUAACGAAGAGCUGAGGGAAACGGCCUUGAGGGGAUUAACACGCAUUGUGGCUGAAGGCGCUGUCGAUUUUUUUAUCGAUCAACUUCGUGAUGAAACAAAUCUGGACUUGAUCAAUUGGCGCUCGUUGCCUUUUAUGCCUUCUGGUCCGUUGGUCGAAAUUGGCGGGAUGGUUAGGGAUGCGAUCGUUAACAGUGAAGCGAUUGCACUCGUCGUAAAUCAACUCCAGCUUGGAAGAUCGAUUGACAACAACGUUCGUCUUUUGAGAUGCCUAGCAGAAGGUAAAGACUCGAUCAAGCAAGCAGUUGCGGAUAGAGGAGCGGUGCAGGCGGUUGUAACACAGCUUCGAUUCGCGGAAGAUGUGUCCGAUCCAAGUAGGUGGUUGGGGUAUCUUGCAGACGACAACCUUGCAUUCCUACGAGCAAUGGUCAGGAGUGGAGUUGUUCAAGCGUUUGUUGACUUUAUCGGCAGGACGAAUGGCGGUUACCUGACAGUCUGGAAGCUGCUUGAAUUGGCGGAGCAGAGUUCUUUGAUAAUGGAGGAGGUGGUCAACAGCAGAGCCAUUGAGCAGCUGAGUACGCGGGUCACAUGUUCGGACGCAUUGCAGGAGUUGAACCAAAUUGUUGCUGAUCCCAUGGGAAUUCAACACGGGAUACUCACGAGAAUAAUGACAUAUUGCAUCAACAAAAUUCGGAAUGGAACAGGAGUAGCGAAUGCGUCUGGAGCGAAAAUGUUGCCGUCUUAUGUUCGAAGCGAGGUUCAGAAGAAAGCGCUUGUGGAUGGCAACGCUUUGUCGCUUAUCUCAUAUCUAUGCUGGUCGAACAAUUCAUACUCGGAUGAGAGGCUCGAAGCUUGUGAAAUCGACCGAGACGAGGAGGAACUAGUCUAUUUUCUGUGUCUUCUCUCUUCUGGCAGUAAUGACUCGAUCAAGCAAGUGAUCGCAUGCGUUGGGAUUGUUGAAGUUCUUGUCGACAAGCUUCGGUCCGGGUCAGGUGAACAACCGGGACACGCUUCGAGGCUGCUAUACCAAUUAGCCCAAACUAACGAGCCAGCUAAAGCGGAGAUUGGACGUGAAGUGAGCGUCCAACACCAGAACAUUGGUCCCACAGUACUGUUGCCGGAGUAG